UUCCACUCCUUCCUCCCGUCGCGCUGCGCAGAGCCACAGACGGUCCUCCAGCACCGUGCGGCGCGGUACGAAGAUGGUCGGCGGCUUGUGCGCUCGCAGGUUGGCCCGCCGGUCGCGGUCCGCCCUGAUAGUAGCCCUCACGGUGCUGCUGGUCCAGACGCUGAUUGUGUGGAACUUCAGCAGCCUCGACUCUGGCGAAGACAGGGAAAACGGAGGCUCCAACGUGCGGGAGAAGAGGGACCGGGUCGCAGGCAGCAAAGCCGCUGGCAGCGACUAUUUCCAGCACGGGGUCCAGCGGCAGCAGCAGCAGCAGCAGCAACGGCAGCAUCUUCCUCCAGCCGGGAAGGGGACGUCUCGCCACAUACAGCAGCCGGACGGAUAUUACUCCCAUCGGCCAAAGGAGAAAAAUAGAGUGGACAGCAAUAACGAGAACUCUGUGCCCAAAGACUUUGAGAAUAUUGACAAUAGUAACUUUGGCGCACGCUCACAGCCACACCGACAGUCUGUAGGCGCCACCAGCAGCAAGCAGCAGCGGGAGCAUCUGCAGGAGAAAGCCCACGCCCAGCAGCAGACCUGGAGGGACAACUCCCCGAGUCUGGGCCGCGGCUCAAACGAAGUGUUGCCUGUAGGCCACCAGCCUCUGGCGGUCGGCAACAACGCCUCCUACCCAGGUGGUCAAGGCGGAGCGGGAGGGUCUCGGCAACACUACAGUGCCCCACAGGCCCAGCAGGCCCAGUCCCAGCACCGACAUCAGCACCCGCACAGGAGGCAAGCGACUGCAGCGCCGCUGGCGGUGACCUACGACGAUCCACCAAAGUGCGAGAUCAGUGGGAAGGAAGCCAUUUCAGCUCUUUCCAGAGCCAAGAGCAAAGAGUGCCGGCAACAGAUUGCUGAGGUGUACUGCAGACACAAGGAAGGGCAAUUAAUGCCUGAGACGGUCACUCGCUACUGCCCCCUCGAGGGUAAAGCCAACGCUAAUGUCCAGUGGGACGAGGACUCUGCUGAGAGCUUUCCAUCUAAACCAGUCAGAAUAGCGUUUGUCUUGGUGGUCCAUGGACGAGCCUCUCGCCAGUUUCAUCGCCUCUUCAAAGCCAUCUACCACAGCUCGCACUACUACUACAUACAUGUUGAUCAGCGCUCUAACUACCUGCACAGACAGGUGCACUCCUUGGCUGCCCAGUAUUCAAAUGUGAGGGUGACACCCUGGCGCAUGGCCACCAUCUGGGGUGGGGCCAGUCUGCUGACCAUGUAUCUUCGCAGCAUGGCUGACCUGCUGGCCAUGAGGGACUGGAGCUGGGAUUUCUUCAUCAACCUCAGUGCUGCCGACUACCCCAUCAGGACCAACAACCAGCUGGUGGCCUUCCUGUCCAAAUACAGAGACAUGAACUUCAUCAAGUCCCACGGCAGGGACAACGCCAGGUUUAUCCGUAAGCAGGGCCUCGACCGUCUGUUCUUUGAGUGCGACACCCACAUGUGGAGGCUGGGUGACCGUAAAAUCCCAGAAGGCAUCUCGGUGGACGGCGGGUCCGACUGGUUCCUUCUCAACCGCAUGUUCAUCGACUACGUCAUCAACUCCAAGGACGACCUGGUCAUCAACAUGAAGCGUUUCUACGCAUACACUCUGCUGCCAGCCGAGUCGUUCUUCCACACGGUGCUGGAGAACAGCGCCUACUGUGAGAGCAUGGUGGACAACAACCUGCGCAUCACCAACUGGAACCGCAAACUGGGGUGCAAGUGCCAGUACAAGCACAUCGUCGACUGGUGUGGAUGCUCCCCGAAUGACUUCAAGCCUGCAGACUUCCACCGCUUCCAGCAAACGGUGCGGCCCACCUUCUUUGCCAGGAAGUUUGAAGCCAGCGUGAACCAGGAGAUAGUGAACCAGCUGGACGCCUACCUGUUUGGAUCCUUUCCCCAGGGAACGCAGAGCCUAAACUCGUACUGGGAGAACAUGUACGACGAGCCAGAUGGCGUUGCCAGCCUGUCGGACACGCAGCUCACGUACUUCCACUCCUUCUCGCGGCUGGGCCUGGCCAGGGCUGCCGCCUCGCUGCAGGGAAACCCGAAUGAUCACAGCUGCAGGUACUUCCCCAUGGGCCACCCGGUGUCGGUACAUCUCUACUUCCAGUCGGACCAUUUCCAGGGCUACCUUGUGAAGCACCAUGCCACCAACCUGGCAACUAGCAAGCUGGAAACCAUGGAGACCUGGGUGGCACCCAAGAAGAACUUCAGGCUCACCGCCCCUCUCAGCAGCACAUUCAGCAGGUUGCAGUUCUCGGAGAUCGGUACCGAGUGGGACGCCAAAGAACGUUUGUUCAGAAACUUCGGCGGCCUGAUGGGCCCCAUGGAGGAGACGGUGGGCAUGCAGAAGUGGAACAAGGGCCCUAACGUCACCGUCACUGUCGUGUGGAUCGACCCCACCAACGUCAUCGCGGCCACCUAUGACAUUCUGAUCGACGCCAGCGCCGAGUUCACCCACUACCGCCCGCCGCUCAACCAGCCUCUGCGGCCCGGCGUAUGGAGCGUCCGCAUCCUGCACCACUGGAGCCCCGUGGCUGAGAUGCACUUCCUUAUUGCCCCGUUGGCCUAUAACAAGCACCAGCCCAUACGACAAGAGGAUACUCUGAAGCACCACAACGGGCCAGCAAAGAACAGCUACAUGGAGCAGAGUUUCCACGGCCUCAACCCAGUGCUCAACAUCCCUGUCAGCCCGGGGUAUGUGGAGCAGGCCAAGAGGAACGCGGCCCUGACCGGCCCGGAGCUCGAGCGUUGGUUAGACAGCCUGGUGGGCGAGUUGUGGGAGGCGGCCGACGUCUGCGCCGUUGGCCCUACCGCCUGCCCCGUCAUGCAGGCCUGCCCCAAGAACCCUUGGAGCUCCCUGAGCCCAGACCCAAAAUCCCACCUGGGAACACCGCGCGCAGACGGGCGCAUCAGGUAGCAGCGAGGCCUCCAGCUGGACGGGAGGCCACAGCGCAGGAGAUUCACUGUUGAUUUGUAUUUAUUUAAGGCAUCUGCUGCGGGUGGAGUAAGGAAAAGCGUUCUUCCUCCGUCUCGGGGGAAGAAGAAAACAAAAGAAGUGGAUUUUUCGGGGAGGUUGGUGAGGGUGUCUGGACAGAAAGCGAGGAGAGCGAUUUUUAGAUCCUCCCACGGGAUUCCUCCUUUCAGGGGAUUAUGCUGGCUUUGCUAUUUCAGUUUCUCAGUGUAUUUAUUUUUCUUCUCAUGGCUGAGUUUUGCUGUGAUCAAACGUUGCAAUUUUCGAGCAUUUAUUUUGCUGCUGGAUGAAAUAUGAAGUCAGCUUUCAGAGCCCUGCACGGGGCCCAGCGGUCAUGUGACACUGGUAGCAGACAAAGCCUUAGCUGUAAGACCUACACGAGGAGGUGGCCUGGGACCGAACUAAAUGUCUAUAUCAACAUAAACAACAUGAGAUGAUAUCUGAGUGCUCAGAUAUGCCAAACAUUCGAAAAAGAUUAUUUUGAUACGACUCAAAUGCAGCUCCAUUAAAAGAAACUUUGAAUAACAAAUAUUUUAGCAGCAUAAAAGCCAAUUUCUUCAAAACUCUGAUGAUAGCUCAGUGACUCAGUUUGUCAACCAGUAGAAAACAUCAGUAAGCCUGAUGUGGAGCUGUUGUGGCCGAGCUAAACAUCUGCUGCAGUCACGUUUCGCAAAUAUAGAAAAAGAGAAACGCAAAUACUGACUGAGGCCUUUUCAAAAAUAAUGACACCUAUUUGGAUUAUAAUAGACAUUUUAGUGUUCUGAAUUGCUAAAUGCUUCAUUUGUGGCUGUUGUACAAAAGUAUUUUAAGACUUAACAUUCACAUAGUUUAGGUUUAUUUUAAUAAAACCCAGAUGUUGCGACCGGCAGAGGACGUCUCGGGUUUUCUUACCAACCUGCCUCAAACUUGGAACACAAUUAUCUCGAGCUGACCGCAACAUUCUCGUCCAUGUUUUCAGUCUUUUACUUUGUUCCAAUCAUUUCACACUUCAUGUUUUACAUGAUUAUACAAGAAGUCUCAACAAGUGUGUGAGUGAGGAGGAGGGGUGAGUCCAUGAGUCGCUAUUUAUUUAUACGUUUAUAUUAAUACUGAUAUUUUUAGUCAGUGACUAAAUAAGUGCGACGCUGCCUUGGCAGCAUGAUAAAUAUUUUUUUUGUAAAGAAAGCUGCCUUUAUUUACAAAGGCCAACAGCCCAAACCUAUACUGUACCUUUCUAUGGCCCGCACCUGUGUGUUAGUCAGUGUUGUCCCGUCUGAAUAGAUCUUCUUGUCUUGGUUUCCUAAAUGGCUGUUUGCCAAGUGCUUCACGAGAGAGCGUCACCCUGGCCUGUGAGGUCAGAGGUCAGCUAUACCUAACAACCUCACCAAACGGCGAAGGGGAACAAAAACGCUCUUCACGACCGACCGCAUCGGACAACUUCUGGACGGAAGGAGAAGCUGUGCUCGUUGGUGUUGUGUGAUUCCUGUCAGUUUCAGAAUGAUAGUGAGUGUUAGUGAUCAAUAAUGUACAAUUUCACGUGAAUAUUAUAUUGUGUCUCGAUUGCAAAAUGCAUAAUUUAUUAGAUCAACAUUUAAUUAAAGUACCUUUUCUGCCAUCAAGACAAUCUCUGGAUAUUUGAGAGAAGUUAACUGAGAGCAGCUGUGUACCACAACACGUCCUGAACAAGAGCUACGCUCAGAUAUUUGUUUUAAUCCGAGAUAAGUUUCAUGUGGAGCCAAUAAGGAGUUCAGUCUGUGGCUGUCGGCAUUGUUUAAGCCGCCACACGAGCUAAGUGAGUGUUUCUGCACGAGCUGAUUAAGAGACAAUAAUGUUCAUUAAUGUGGAGUUCACCUCGCCCCGCUGUCAGAGGCGUCCUUCCCUCUCACAUCUACACUGUUCCUGGGUUGGCUUGUAAAGGACCAUUUAGUUGUGUUCACUGGCCGGCUUCUGCUGCCACCUUUUAACUUAUAGCGCCGCCGCGCUCACAACAAUACUUCACACGAUACAUAUUAUUAUGUAAAGCUCAACCACGGUUUUGGAAAAAGGUGAAUUAAAUAAAUGUAACUCGAUGUGGAAGUCCUAUUUUGUAACAAAAUGAUUAACAAAUGAAGAAGAUGUACAUAGGUAUUUUGUAUUGAAAUAUUGUUUCAAAGGUAUUGUACAUGUAAAUACAGAUGUGGUGAAAUGACUUUGAAUUAUUACGAGUUUUUGAGGUGUCAAUAACUGGGCACAGAGAGUGGAUUGAUGGUGUUUAUUGAUCAAAGUACAUAACCUGGUUCAGUGUUUUUGGACAUCUGUGACCGCCACCGUGUCCUAUUUGCCUCUCAGAGAAGAUAACAUGCCAGAUUGUUGUUGUUCUUGCUGGAAUGUAUUGUUGAGCAACUGUUGCACAAAUUUCUCUGAACUGACGUUUCCCCCAUUCUUUUGUUCUGGGGAGGCUCUGUGUGCCUUAGCUGACUUUUAGAACCUUCUCUGUCCAUCAAAAGAAAAACAACAAUUUCAUUGAGUUAUUUCUUUUGAUCUCGUGUGAAGAAUUCCACGAGUGUGUCGAGUGAUUCGCUGGUACUGCAACACCAAAAAGAUGUCUGCUGUUGUAUAUAUCAUCAGGCCUUCUGUCUUUAUCAGCUUUUAUUUUUUAUUUUCUUCCCAAUGGGGGAUUUGUUUCGUUGUACUUGACUGGCUUGUCUUACUUUUCUCUGACUUUUUUUGGAAAUAAAAUUAUAUGGAAAAACA